UACAUCAUACAAAAUAUAUUAUGAAUAUUAUGUGACGCAUGCGUGUGUUAUUCCAUUUGAAUUUUGUUUACAAAUCGUGUGAUGAGGUAACAUUGCUGAUCGGGGAAAAACACAACUGCACUCUUUCAAAUGAAGAAAUUGCUUCAAUGGAAGAAAACUAUCAAAGGAGAAAAAGAAAAGAAAAGAAAUUCUUUAUCUUAUAACGAAAAUGAUGUUUAUUUAAUUGACUUAAAGCAUAAUGAAAGCAAUUUGUCAAAAUUACAUCAAGCUUGCUGGACGGGAGAUGAGGAUAAAGUGAAAAAACAUUUAAAGAGAUGUGACAUUAAUUUACAAGAUGAUGAUAACAGAACUCCUGUUCAUUUGGCUGCUGCCAGAGGGCAUAAAAAUGUACUUAUGACUUUGUUAGAAAACAAUGCUAAGGUUAAUAUACAAGAUAGUCAAGGAAGAACUCCUCUCAUGAAAAUCGUAGAAUGUGGCCAUAUAGAUUUAGUUGUAAUGCUUUUGGAAUAUGGAGUUGACAUUAACAUUCCUGAUUAUCAUGGAGAUACUGCAUUACAUAUUUCUAUAGACAAGGAACAAAGUGCCAUAACAAUGAUUUUAUUACAGCAUAAAGCUGAAGUUAAUGUUAGGAAUGAUGAUGGAAAAACACCAUUACAUCUUGCUUGCUGCAAAAAGCAGCUAGAUGUUGUUAAAAUCCUUCUUCAAAGAGGAGCUGAUGUUAAUGAAACAGAUAAAAAAUUACAGACUCCCCUUAUAUUGGCUUGCAAAGCCGAAUCAUCUGCAAUAAUUUCGCUUCUUUUAAAAAAUAAUGCCAAAUGUUUAUUAACUGAUUUUACUGGUCAGUCAGCUCUUGAUUAUGCCUACACUACAGGAAAUUCUGAAAUAAUUGAUAUACUUAAUCAAUAUAAAACUGAAGAAGCAUGUACUACAGAUAGUCAAGGUGUAAAUGAACAUGAUGUACAAAAGGAAGAGAAUAUUGAAGAUUCCUGGAAAGAUGUUGAUAUUUCAACAAAAGAUUUGAACAGUAUUACUAAAGAAAAUAUCAUCAAUAAAACUCCAAAACAUUCUCUUAAAUUAUAUAAUUCUGAAAAACAAAAUGAACAAAAUCCUUUAGAGAAAGAUGAGAUUUUAUCCAUUUUUCAAGAAAAUGAGAUUAAAAGUACGUAUCUCCUCACGGUCGGAGGAUGUGUUGGUGUGCAAGUUUGCAUGAAGAAAAGAAUGCAGGCCGUCCCAAUCGGCCCUCUUCAGGUUAAAUUUGCUCCGUGUAUGUCGAAGAUUGUCCGUUUGGGUAAUGCCAAUGUUGAAGCUGAUUAG